AUGCCAACGCAAAGGACAAAUACGGUUAUCCUCCCCUGCACUGGGCGGCAUGGAACAACGCUUAUGAGGCAGCGGCAGUAUUGCUGGAAAAUGGCGCAGAUGCCAACGCAAAGAACGAUAAGAACUUUACUCCCUUGCAUUGGGCAGCGUGGAAUAAUGGACAUGAAACAGCAACGAUAUUGCUGA